AUGGCCAUAGAAACAAUACUGGUCAUAAACAAAUCGGGCGGGUUAAUCUACCAGCGGAAUUUCACCGACGACGAACAAAAAUUGAACAGCAAUGAGUAUUUGAUUCUCGCUAGCACACUGCACGGUGUAUUUGCCAUUGCGAGCCAGCUGACCCCGAAGGCAUUGCAGCUUACUCAACAAACAAACACGGAAAACAUGAUCCCGUACGUACCAUACGUGGGCGUCGCCGGCAACAAGAACGAUAACAGGAACGCCAGUGGCAAUAGCAGUAAACCGCACGGCACUAGUAGGAAACUGGGCAGUUUCAAGGGAGACGAUUUUUUCAAAGAGCCGUUCACAAACUGGAACAAGGGUGGGUUGAGGCAGCUGUGCACGGACCAGUUCACGAUGUUCAUCUACCAAACGCUCACGGGGCUGAAGUUCGUUGCCAUAAGCUCCAGCGUGAUGCCACAGAGACAACCCAACAUAGCCGGCACCGAGAAGACCGACCGACUCAAGAGCUCAUCGAACCUGGCCAUCCAGAUAGCAGACAACUUUCUCCGGAAGGUAUACUGCCUGUACAGCGACUACGUCAUGAAAGACCCAUCCUACUCAAUGGAAAUGCCCAUCAAGUCCAACCUCUUUGACGAGAAGGUCAAAGAUAUGGUAGACAACCUCCAGUAG